AUGAAUAUCUUUUGCGUUUUUCGUUCCCUGCUUAUCCUAUUCACAGGGAUGUUUGUGUUGAAACACAUUCAUCGCUCUUGUCCUGUCUCUGAAGAGUUCACAGGCAAAUUCACCACGGACCCAGUCUGUUACUCAGCGCAUCAAAUUCACCACUUUUCGGAGCCUGUAUUACUUUUUGUCUAUAAAAAUUAUGAAAGUUCCCCAAUAAAAGCUGUUGUUGAUGAUUCUUUGGUGAAAUUAUCGCCUUACACGAUUCCUGCAAGAAACACCUGGAAUAAAGUUCAUGAAGACCUUGCAGAGUUCCGUCAAACCCAUGAAGGAUACAUUGUGGAGCAGACAUAUGAAACUGCAAAUAAAGUUAUCACAGUAACUACUGAUUUUAUCAAUAAUGUUGUUAUUCCUCACUCUGCUAAAGUUGUGCAUUCAAUUUAUCAAUCCUCAAAAAUAAUUUUAAGACAAAUCCAACUCCAAAUGUAUAUUAAUUAUAACAUUAUUAUUAGACCUAGUUUGAUUAAAUUGAAGAUAAAGUUCUUAGAAUCAAGCUUAGGUGAGAGAUGUUUAUUGGCCUUCCAUUCCCACUAUAUUCAAUCUAUUCUAUAUCAUAUAGAGGCGAUUUAUGCCAAAGUGGCAUAUGCUCUAAAAUAUCUUGUAGCAAAAUCCAAAGACACAUAUGAGUCCGCAAUGGAGUUUAAGGAUUCUGACACCUACCAAAAAAUUCAGUUCAAAAAGAAAUUCUUAGUUGAUUACAUGCAAUAUUUGCCUGAUUUCUCCAAAUCCGAAACAACAUCACAAUCAACUACUAUUAAUGUCGAACCAACAAAUAUCCCAACCAGUGAAAAAUUUAAUAAUUUACUGAAAACUACAAUUGAGAGCGCAUCUAAGGAUUUUAAUUUAGAGAUUGAUCAAUUGAAUGAGAGAUUUAUUAACAAGUUACAUAAUGAGUUCCAACCAGCCUUGCAACAAUUGUCCAGAGAUUUAACAUCAGGGUAUGAUAAUCUAGAAAAAAUGAUUGAUAAUGUCAAUAGAUUCAAGUCUGCUGACCAUGAAUCUCAUGUUUCAAGAGAAAUUUAUAGGUCCGCACACCGUAUUAAAGGCGAAGAAGUUGAUGCUCAAAUAGAAGAAAUUAAAUCUAAAGUUGAUAAGUUUGUUGAAUCAUACCUUGACGAAGUAUUAAGAGUUAGAGUGGGUAUUCUUGAAACAUUGGAAGAAUUCGCAGAUUCAACCUUAAAUGCGUACGCUAAUGAAAUCAUUGCCAAUGGUGAUGAUUGGGAAGAAUGGAAAAAGUAUAAAGCAAUUAAGAAAGAACUGGUUGAUUUCAGAGAUAAACUUAUUAUUGAGAAGCCAAAUGAAUCUUUUAAUAAAGCUCUUAAUGCGUUGAAACACGAGAUUUACGUUUUACACAACGAAGCUGGCAGCUACUUAGCUAUCCUUAGAGCCAAAGCAAAUGUUGAAUUUCAACAACGUGAAGCCGAAGAGAGAGAAAAUGAAAGGAAAGCUAAAGAAGAGCAGAGAAUAGUUACACCUGAGCAAAUGGGAAAAAAACAGGAAGACAUAGAGGGAAAAGCUGAUGAAGGAACAAAAAUGGAAAAGGAAGAACUGAGAAAGCAGGAUAAAACUAAGGCACAGGCUGCUCUGAAGAAAAGAGCAAAGGAGAAAGAAGCUGCAAGAAAAGCAGAUAAGGCAAGAAAAGCUAAGUUGGAAUAUUAUAACAAGAAACAAGAGCAAGAAAAGGAUCAACACGUUGAGAUGGCAAUUGAUACGUCUAAAUUUUCCAAAUCUAUCGUACGCGGAGAUGCUGACAAGCACACAACAAGCAUUGUGGAAAUUGUUGACGAGGCAAGAGCUGCCCCAUCUUUCGAGAAAGAUGAGACGAAGGUGAUCAUUAGUUGA